AUGCCCGGAAUAGACGUGACGGCGGAUAUAGAAACCCUCCACCUGCCACGAAUCCUCUGUCUCCAUGGCGGUGGCUCCAAUGCGAAGAUCUUUCAUACCCAGUGCCGCGUUAUAAGAGCGCAUCUCAAGUCCACGUUCAGAUUAUGUUUUGUCGAUGCGCCGUUUCCUAGCCCCCCGGGCCCUGGCAUCGUCUCCGUCUACGAAGACUUUGCGCCAUUCUACUGCUGGCACAACUGGAAGCCUGGUGUGACCGAGGACUUUGGGGGACAAACAUUGAAUUACGUGGAGCAGAUACUCCGAGAGGCGAUGGCAGAGGAUGACGCAAGGGGAGCAACCGGUGAAUGGGUUGGCAUAUUGGGAUUCAGCCAGGGCGCAAAGACAAGUGCAAGCAUUUUGAUGAAGCAGCAGGUUCAAGCAGAGCUGAACAUGCGAGACGAAAACUCGUUCGACUUUAAAUUUGGCGUGAUAAUGAAUGGACGGGGGCCAUUCUUGGAAUUAGGCCUGGAUCUUGGAAACGAGAACAGCGCUGGCAGCUCAGCUUCUGGACGAUCGGAAGAUACUGCGCCUAGCGAGCUUCUACAGAUACCGACAGUCCACGUCCACGGGCGUCGAGACCCAGGUUUACCUCUUCACAGAGACCUGCGUGAGAGUUAUUUUGUGAAGAGCAGUACACGCCUUGUCGAGUGGGAUGGUGAUCAUCGACUGCCGAUCAAAUUCAACGACGUCGACGCCGUUGUGUCUCAGAUUCGUGAGGUAGCCAGAGAAACCAACGCUCUAUGA